CAAACAUCUCCAUCAUGACAAGCAAUGCACGGUUGCCCGAGCCGCUGGAGCUGCCUCUGGCGCAGAGCACAGAGGUGGCCACGUUGGCGAGCGAGGCCGGGCAGUGGGCAGUGACGCGUGGUCUGGUCAAGGACGUGCCCGGGACCGGGGUGACGCACGCACCGCUCGCACUGUACCCCUCGCCGUUUCCCAAGGCUGCCUUUGAGCAUGUGUGGGCGCUGCAGCCGCUGAUGAACCGGCUGCUCUCGGCGUCGGCGAGUGACAGCGAGCUGCUGCACAAGGUCCUUCGCCCGGUGGCCAAGCGCGACCCGUUUGUGGCGUCGCAGCUGGCCAUCCUCGAGGCCGUGGGCGGAGUGCCCGGUGGGCGAUCGGGCGUGGUGGCCGGCAUCUGGCGGACCGACUACCUGCUGCAUCAGCCGCAGCAGGACAACCCGUUGCGGAUCCUGCAGGUGGAGCAGAACGCCAUCUCGGUGGCGUACGCGGCGCUCUCGUCGAUCGCGUGCUCGCUCCACGAGUAUCAGCUCAAGCGCGGGGCCGUCCAGCCAGCGCUUGAGUUUGACUCGCCGCCGAACGCAGCGCUCAAGGAGCUGGUGGCCCUGCUCACGCUGGCGCACUCAGAGUACGUGGCGCGGCAGGCACCGGCCGCGACGCCGGUGGUGGUCAUGGUGGUCCAGGCCGGCGAGCUUAACCAGUACGACCAGCGGUGGAUCCAGUACCUGCUCUUCGAGUCUGCGGGCAUCAACAUGGUCCGUGCCACCCACGACUCGCUCAUGGCAGACCUCGAGCACGACGACGAGGCUGGGACUGUUCAGCUCAACGGUGCACCGGUAAGCGUCUUCUACUUUCGCGCCGGCUACACUCCCGACGACUAUCCGAGCCAGGCGCACUGGGACAUCCGCGCAACUAUCGAGGCGUCGACGUCGGUGAAAAUCCCGGACAUUGCGCACCAGCUGGCGGGAACCAAGGCCAUGCAGCGGGCGCUUGCCGACCCGGAGGUCCUAACCCGGUACGUGUCGCCGUCCGAGGCCGCGGCGGCUUCGUCGGUCUUUGCUGGCCUCUACGACUUGCCUGCCGACAGCGGACGGGCGACCGAGGUGCUGGCGCAAGCCGCGGCGGCGCCGGACGACUACGUGCUCAAGCCGCAGCGCGAGGGCGGCGGGAACAACCUGUAUCGGGCGGCGCUCGCCAAGGCCAUCGCCACCAAGUCGCGCGAUGAGCUCGAGGCAUACAUCUUGAUGGAGCGCAUUGUGCCGCCGCUGGCCCGCAACCUUGUUCUCCGCGGCGGAGUGGUCAAGGAGAUCCAGGGCGUUUCAGAGCUUGGCAUCUUUGGCCUCUUUUUCAAGGAUGUCGCCUCGGGCACCGAGAUCGACAACAAAGCCGGUGGCUACCUCCUCCGCACUAAGCCUGCCGACGUCGACGAGGGCGGCGUCUCUGCCGGCGUCGCCUAUCUCGACUCGGUGGCGCUCGUCGACCUCCCGUUCGACAGCUCGCCAACAAUGACUAUUCCGGGCGCAGUCCGCAAGGCAUCCGAUGCCAUCGAGCCCGAUGCUGACACCGAUACCCGGCCUGCCAAGCGGGCCAAGGCUUAG